CUCAUGUAGAAUAUACAAGUUUUAACCUGCUUUCACCCCCUCAUGAUUAUGUAUCUGUAUUGUUGGAGCGCAUCACAAAAAGGGGAAAUUUACGGAAGUUUGGGUCAUGAAGUUGAUAGGGAGUACAUCGGGAUUGUUCCUUUAUCAUUUUACUUUUGCGCACAUUUUAAAAGCAAGUUCAUUGAAGAGUGAUCCCGUAAGUUGGUGAAAGGGAUGUUUCCUAUUAUUGUUGUUGUGCCACAGUCUAAAAGUGAUAACUCUGGAUGUGCGACUUUAAAGACAGUUUAAAUCGUGUCUUAUGAAAGCAAUAUGAGAAUAUAGAACAGCUUUAUUUAUGGAACAUUACCAGCAGUCUUAUCAAUGUUCAAAGAGCAAGCAAGUGAAAAAGAACAUGACAACAUCAAAUCAGAAGCUUCUGUUAACCCCAUCGUUCUCACGGAGAAUGCAAGACGUCUGAUCGAACAAAUCCAUAGAGCAUAUUUUACACCAAGAGCCAUCAAACAGGAACUAAUUAACUUCUCGUAUCUAAAUAAUAUUGAUCCUAUCAUUUACCAUGAUACUCAGUUCCUUGACCGUACAGUUACAUACUUCUUAGAUCUGAUGGUUUCCCUAAGCAACCCUCUCAGCACGACCAUUUUGGAACGUACAGCAGUAAUACAUACAACCGUUUAUAUUACCAAUCAAUUAUUUUUAUCAAAUAAUGAUAUUGUGGAGUUGGCAUGGUUAGAGCGCAAAUGUACUGCUACUGAAAAGUCCAAAUGGGAUGAUGCCCUCUUUAAGGUAGAGCCAACAUUACAUACACCAGAACAUAGGCCAAAUAAUGUAAAUACAAAUUUAUCUUAAUUACAGGUGAUUGAUCAAACUUACGACAUAAAAUUAGAAUAAAUAAAGCAAUAACAACAUUUCU